AUGGAUGCUGAUCAGAACCUCCAAGCAACCAAAGAUGGUGAGAGUCAACAACCCGCACAAGAAGAGCAAUCGGUCGACAUACGCAGGGACAUCAAAGAUAUAGUGCACUACUUAAUCUUCAACCCAGAGGCAAACCAUGUUUUAAUGCCGCUUUUGAUCAUUUUCGAGUCUCUAGCUCUGAAGUGGAUCAUAAGAAAUGUCGACUAUACGGAGAUUGACUACGAGGCAUAUAUGGAGCAAAUCUGGGCGAUUAAAGAUGGGGAGAGAAACUACAAAUUGAUCGAGGGCGGCACUGGCCCAUUGGUCUAUCCUGCAGGCCAUGUUUGGAUUUACCGUGCAAUGGAAAUCAUUACGGAGGGAUUGGAUGACCUAAAGUCGGGGCAGACUGUAUUUCGAUACCUCUACAUUGUAACACUGAUGUUACAAAUGGGUUGCUACGCGUUAUUACAACUACCGCCUUGGUGUGUAGCUUUGGCGGUCUUUUCCAAACGGCUGCACUCCAUUUACGUUCUGCGAUUGUUCAACGAUUGCUUCACUACUCUCUUCAUGGUCUUUACCGUCUUUAUGCUUCUUCUUUCCGCUCGCAUGCAGCAGCGAGCCCUAUGUAUCGUUGCCAGUGCAAGUUAUUCAAUGGCUGUGAGUAUCAAGAUGAAUGCACUCCUGUACCUGCCAGGUGUCCUACUGGCCAUCUUCAAACUCUCAGAGGGUCGUCUCGCAUUUACGCUGGGUUGUAUUGGGCUUAUUGUUGGCUGGCAGUACUGUAUUGCGCUCCCAUUUGUUCAGCAGCAUCCUCGUGAGUAUUGGUCGACAGCAUUUGAUUUUGGCCGUCAGUUCAUGUACAAAUGGAGCAUCAAUUGGCAAUUUGUCGAUCAAGAGGUCUUUGAGGAUCCAUGGUUUCAUCGAACACUUUUGGUCAGUCAAGUGGCCACCUUGGCCCUGUUGCUACUAACACGCUUCCAUUCUGAUAUUUCCGAAGUCUGGGCUUCGAUGAGGGCCCUAAGGCAUCCCUUUACUCCGGUCCUGAGUGCAUAUCAAGGUUUUAAUCGCCCCAGCAUGCCGGACAUUGGCUACAUACUGUUGGUAACAAACUUUGUGGGCGUUGUAUUCUCUCGAUCACUUCACUAUCAAUUUCUCUCAUGGUACCACUGGACCUUGCCCGUGAUGCUGUAUUGGUCUAAACUGCCACUGCUACCGGCCGUUGUCUGGUAUACCAUCCAUGAAUACUGCUGGAAUAGCUACCCGCCAAAUGCAGCUGCCAGUGCUGGCUUGUUCACGGUGAACAGUUUGCUGUUGCUCGUAUUGUUCCUACAAACUCAAGCACCGAAAACACCAAAACUAACAAAUGUAAUGGCAAAGAAAAUACAGUAG